UUCGAAAAUAAUAGGGGGGCAAUGUGUUUUUUAUCUCUGGCUAAGCCGAUAAAGGUCGAUGCAGAAGAGAGAGCGACACAAACGCAGCUGGUAGUGAGAAAAUGGAGAAGUACUUUGGAAAAGCAUACAGGGGUGACCCCGGUGUCCCGCACUCCGACCCGGAUCGAUUCGUCAAUAUAUGGCUCGGAGCCCUUGGUUUCUCUGUUUGCACUUGGAACAGUCCUUACAUAUGGCAGCUUUCCAAUCAAUACAAUUGGCAUGACAAGGCAAUGCUGUUUGAGCAGUACCACUGGAAGAAAGCCAAGGAAAAGAAUCAGCCUUAUAAAUUUCUGUGGAACCAGCAGGACAAAGAGCUCCGAGAUUUUUAUUCUCACGACUGGCCUGUCUAUUUCGCUUAGGCUUUUUCAACUUUUGUUAUUGGUAUUUCAAACAAUGAGACUGUAUGCCGAAGACAAGUUUGUGUUUUUAACUUCUUUCUCCCCUUUCGCCCAUCUUCUGAGCCACAUUCAGCUGGGUUGAAAGCUUAUUAAUUAAUAUCAGGAUCUUUUAUUUGUUAC